AUGUUUCCCGUGCUCCUCCUGCUGGGCGCCGCCCUGGGCGCCCUCCUCGUGUACCUGUACCGAGCCGAGUCCCGGCUCCGACUGCCCUGGGUGCCCGACGCUGAGGCCCGGCUCUUCGCACAGCGGCCCUUGCCGCCCCCGCUCGACGACACCUUUCUCUCCUCGCCAAACUACACGCUGCCGCUGCGCACGCGGGGGCGCGACGUCAUCGACGCUCGGGGCCGCCGCUUCAAGCUGGCGAGUGUGAAUUGGUAUGGUGCGUCGGAUGAGUUGUUCGUCCCCGGGGGGCUGGAUGUCAAGCACCGCGAUGAGAUUGCCCGGAUGGUGCGCGUUCUGGGGUUUAAUUCCGUGCGUUUGCCGUAUGCGGAUGAGUUGGUCUUGCGGAACCCGGUCGUGGCGCCGCAUUUGUUGGCGGCGAAUCCGGAUUUGGUGGGGCGGAGGGCGAUGGAUGUGCUGGAGGCGGUUGUGGAUGCGCUGACGCGGGCGGGGAUCGCGGUGAUUGUGAAUAACCAUAUCACCAGCGCGACGUGGUGUUGUGGGGCGGAUCCGUGUGAUGCCGGGUGGGCGAACGACCACCUGCCGUCCAUGAUGUGCCGGGUGCGGCAGACGGAGGAGGAGUGGAUCGAGCACUGGGAGGAGGUGAUGCGGCGGUUUGUGGGCAACCCGCUUGGUGGUGGGCGCCGACCUUCGCAACGAGGUGCGCGGCGUGUGGUCACCAUGAAGUGUGAACCGUUGGCGACGGCAGUCGAGCGCGCAGGCAUCCGCUUGCUCAAGAUGACCCCGGACUGGCUGAUCAUUGUGAGGCGGAACCGAGUCGCAGAACGACCUCACAGGCGUGGCGGGGCGGGCCCUUCGUGCUCGACUUGCCGCACCGCGUCGUCUACUCGGCCCACGUCUAUUUGUGGAGCGGCUGGGGCAGCCUCGGCGGCCGUUACGCCCAGCGCACAUUAUCCCAGUUUCGUCCAGUCCAUGCAACAAGAAAUUGGCCCUACCUGUUCGAGGGGCGACAUCGCGCCCGUGUGGGUGGGGAAGUUUGGUGCCCCCCCCAAACCCCGGCCAGGGUGA